AUGUCAUCACCAAGAUCAAAAGUGUUAAUAGUUGGUUUAGGAGGUGUUGGUGUGCUAGCAGCAUAUGCACUAGAGUACAAUAAAAAGGCUGAAGUCACUGCCCUAAUACGUUCAGAUUAUGACAGAGUUAUAGAGAAAGGUUAUGAAAUCAAUUCCGUUGAUUACGGUCACAUUGAAGGAUUUAGACCAACCCAUGUUGUCAAGACAAUCGAAGAUGCUAAGAAAUAUGGUGAAUUUGAUUUCAUCUUGGUGACUACAAAGAACAUUCCUGAUAUUCAUGUUGUGGAAGAUGCCUUCGCAGAUGCAGUAAGUGACAAGACAACGAUUGUGUUGUUACAAAAUGGAUUUGGUAUUGAAAAGGCUACAUUUGAAAGAUUUCCAGGCCAUAUUGUGCUAAGUGGUGUUUCUAUGAUCAGUUCUGCAAAUUUUCACGGAGUUGUUGAACAUGUUGGUACUGAUAGUCUUGGGAUUGGGUAUUUUGAUAAUGGUGUAAGCUCAAAAGAGGAACAACAAGCUAAAACCAAGCAAUUCAUUGAGUUGUAUGAAAAUGAUGCAAUUGAUUGUCAUAUUGAUGAAGAUGUCAAAUUUUCAAGAUGGAGAAAGUUAGUAUACAAUGCAUCAUUCAACACUAUCGGUGCUCUAGUCGACUUAGAUGUCGGUCGUAUUCAAGAAGCUGGUGGUACAGAUACUUUAAUCAAACCGACAAUGAGGGAAAUUUUCAGAGUUGCUGCAUCUGAUGGCGUUACGUUAGAUGAAUCAUUGAUGGAUACCAUGAUACAUUCAGAUGAUGGUAACUGGUACGCCCCAUCGAUGUUGGUCGAUGUAAGAAAAGGUAACCAAAUAGAGCUAGAGAUUAUCUUGGGAAAUGUUUUAGAAAUUGCUAAACAGAAUAACGUUGAAGUUCCUAUAUUGUCUGUUCUUUAUAAUUUAUUGCAUUUAGUUCAAUUUAGAUUGAAAGAGCAAAAUGGCCUCAUAAACCUUCCAGAGGAAAGACCAUUGAAAAAACAAAAAACUUCAGAUUAG